ACUGCAUCACUACAUCACUACAUCACUACAUCACUACAUUACUACAUUACUACAUCAGAUCUAAAGUAUCAACAAAUCACAAACCAUAACCACCAUCACCACAAUGCAAGGAGAUAUCUAUCAGCUAGAGCAAAUGGCUGCCAAAGCCAAAGCCACCCAAUCUAAACCCAGGCCCGUCCAAGACAACAGCACAAUAACUUCAGAAGUUGCCAUCUAUAACGAGGAUGACCUAUCCCACCUCCUCUAUGCCAACCACAUGCACCACGAUGGCCACAAGGAUAGGGUCAUCGUGAACCACGUCUACCGUGAUGGCUACUGUACGCCGCUCGAGUCUCCCAUGACGGGUACGCAAACACCGCUGUCAGAGACCAACGAGACCCCAAUACUCAGCGACUGCGAGUCCGAUGUCGACGAAGGUGCGUACCUGCCAUCCCCACCCAACACCUAUUCUCGGAGGAAUCCGCUAAGAUUCGAAGAUGGCUUCGACUUUCCCGUCUUCCUCGGUAGACAGAUGGAGGAAUCAUCGCCGCGUACGAUGGACACCUCAUCGGAGUUCAUCUCCGGUCUGGACAACCAAAGCAAGCAUGUCCGGAUCGCUGCUCCGGAGGAGCACCACGUCCCCGAGAUUUCGGGCCCGUUGAUGUCCUGGUGGCCCGAGCCCAUCGAGUUCAUGGAGCACGAAUGGGUCGAAGAAAAGUCUGUGGCCAACAAAAACGCUCGCGUGCUGCCGACGAACGAACAUGUAUCCGACAUUGGCGGACCUUUGAUGUCGUGGUGGCCCGCUCCAGUAGAAAUGCUCGAGCACGAAUGGGACGACAAGUUUUACGAAUAAUCUGGAUUAUGUGCGGUGUUUUCAUUCAGGUGCUUUGGCGUUUAAAAUCGGCGCAACUUACGGUGCAUAUGAUAUUAUGUAUACCCUGGCAUCAGUUUUCAUCAUGGCUACCUGCAUGCAGAGCUGGUAUGGGUGUCAGGAGGCUCACGGCGAGCCUAGGUCCUCAUCCUAUCUCUUCUUUAUUGGGUUCAAACCAGCUUAUGGAGCUUGAGCGAGGCCAGGGUUAGGGAAAUGGCAAUCUCCAAAUCGGAUCGAGCUCGCGGGUUGGCGGGUUGGCGGGUUCUUUUUAUAAGGGGGCGUGUGGUGAAAGACUGCCACAGAUGAUGUAUGCAAAAUGUUCACAGCUAUAAUUAGUGUAUAGUACUUCUCAACUUCAAUGUUCCCCCUUUUAGUCCCUUUUAGUCCCUUUUAGGGUUCCAAUUUCAUAACUUGACAUUAUUAUGUAUGGUAUGUAUGGUAUGUAUUUAUCUGCC